AUGGCCACAGUCCGGAUUUGUGUCUGCGGCGACGAAGGCACCGGCAAGUCCAGCCUAAUCACCUCGCUGGUUAAAGGUGUCUUCGUUACAAACAAGAUCCAGGCUGUUCUUCCUCUUAUCACUAUCCCUCCUACGAUCGGAACACCUGAGAAUGUGACAACAACCACCGUCGUCGACACUUCGGCCCUGCCGCAGGAGCGAACCAACUUGGCGCGCGAGAUCCGCAAAUCAAACGUCAUUCUGUUAGUGUACUCCGACCAUUAUAGUUAUGAGCGUGUCGCAUUAUUCUGGCUGCCAUAUUUUCGGUCGCUCGGAGUCAAUGUGCCUGUCAUUCUAUGCGCCAAUAAAUCAGACCUGGCAGUGGGCCACAACGAGACACAGGUGAUAGAAGAGGAGAUGUUGCCUUUAAUGUCCGAGUUCAAGGAAAUUGAUUCCUGUAUCCGCACCAGCGCUCGCGAACAUCGCAACGUCAAUGAAGCUUUCUUCGUCUGUCAAAAAGCCGUGACCCACCCCAUCGCGCCAUUGUUCGAUUCAAAGGAGGCUGAAUUGAAACCGGCUGCAGUGGCUGCGCUACAACGUAUAUUUUACUUGAGUGACCAGGAUCGUGAUGGAUACUUGUCGGAUAAGGAAAUCGGUGAUUUCCAGACUAGAUGUUUUGGGAAGCCCUUGAGUGAAGAGGAUCUAGCCCACAUCAAGGAAACCAUUCAAAAGAGCUAUCCUGAAUCCGUGACCGAGUCCGGUAUCGACCGUCAAGGGUUUAUUCAUCUGAACAAGCUGUACGCAGAGAAAGGGCGCCACGAGACUGUUUGGAUUAUUCUGCGAGCCUUUCAAUACACGGAUAACCUCUCACUCCAGGAGAGCUUCCUUCAUCCUCGUUUCGAAGUCCCACCAUUCGCAUCUGCAGAACUCUCUCCCGAGGGUUACCGGUUUUUUGUCAACCUAUUUCUUCUUUCAGACAAGGAUAACGAUGGUGGCCUGAACGAUGCUGAGCUGUCAUCUCUGUUUGCACCGACGCCUGGCCUACCCGCAUCUUGGGCCGACGGCUCAUUCCCCUCUUCAACCGUCCGCAAUGAAGCUGGACAUGUGACACUUCAGGGCUGGUUGGCACAAUGGAGCAUGACAACUUUCAUGUCCCCAAAGACCACAUUAGAAUAUCUGGCUUACCUCGGCUUUGAGUCUUCUGACCGAAGCAACCCAUCAAUCACAGCCGCAUUGAAGAUGACGAGACCACGCAAACGGCGCAGGCGCCCUGGUCGAGUCGGGCGAAAUGUGGUGCAGUGCCACGUCCUUGGAGCCCCCGGGUCGGGGAAAUCCGCUCUACUUGACGCACUCCUUUCGCGUGGAUUCAGUACUACCUACCACCCUACGAUUCAGCCUCGCACUGCAGUCAAUACAGUUGAGCUGCCUGGUGGCAAACAAUGUUAUCUCAUCAUGGACGAGAUGGGCGAGUUGGAGCCCGCCAUCCUUGACAACCAGACGAAACUCCUUGACCAGUGCGAUGUGAUCGCCUACACAUACGACUCGUCAGACCCGGACUCGUUUGCGUACAUUCCUGCACUACGGGCCAAGUAUCCUUAUUUAGAAGAGCUCCCUAGUGUCUUUAUCGCCCUGAAAGCCGACCUGGACCGUACCACCCAACGGGCAGAGUACCAACCCCACGACUACACAGCCAUGCUGAACAUGCCCAGUCCACCACUGCAUGUCAGUGUCACUUGGAAUUCCAUCCAAGAAGUUUUCGUUCAUAUUGCCGAAGCUGCAAUGGAGCCCAGUACUGCAUUCCCCCGUAGUGAGGAGGAUGUUGAGGGCAAGUGGAUGUCGUGGGGUAUUGCGCUUGGGGCGGUGGUCUGUGCCGGAGCGGCUGCCGUGAUGAUAUGGCGCCGAGUCAGUGGUAGUGGGAAUUGA